AUCAUCGACAGUAUGCCUGACGUUCGGGGUUACCGGGAAGUAGGGUCGUCGACAUAUAUUUGCGGCUGUGAAACUCAGGUCAUAACGUGUCGAAAGCAGCUCAUAAUUGAAACGGAAGGCUUUUUGCUUUGUGGGCGCUCUCCAGGAAAUGAAGGCGUUCACGUUCGGCUUGACAUUUGUUCGACAUGGAGAAACAGAGUUCAAUAAAGAGGGCCUGCUUCAAGGCCAGACUAUAGACUGUCCGUUGUCUGAAGUGGGACUGCAGCAGGCCGAGGCUGCAGGUCGCUACCUGAAGGAUGUCAAGUUCUCCAACCUGUUUGUCAGUGACAUGCUGCGAGCGCGACAGACUGCCGAAACCAUCGUGAAACACAACAGUAGUUGCGCCGGUCUACAGCUGGUGUGUGACCCUCUACUCAAGGAGAAAAGCUUUGGGAUAGCAGAGGGGAAGCGAUUGCAAGAUGCAAAAGAUAUGGCCAGAGCUGCCGGUCAGUCUUGGGCGGUCUUCACGCCUCCUCAAGGAGAGACUCAAGAGCAGGUGAAGCAGCGUGUCAAAGAGUUUUGGCUCAAAAUGGUCCACCAAGUCGGGCGCCAACAGUGGGCCAGCGGAGGUGAGGACGAGCGCUCUUCGGCACCUCGCGUGGAAGGAGAAGAGGCGCACGACCUCCCCGCCCAUGCCCUGGUGGUCUCCCACGGGGCCUACUUGUGCAUGAUCAUGCGCUUCCUCGUGGACGAUUUACACUGCCCCGUACCCGAAGGCUGCAGCAGAGCACGCAUGUUCUCUCUGAGUCCCAACGCCGGCGUGAGUCGUUUUGUGCUCACCUUGGCCAAAGAGGACAACGCUUUCAAGGUGUCUCAGAUUCGGUGCUUGUUUGUCAACAGGGGAGAUCAUGUGAAAACAGAGCAGGAUGGAUCUUCAUUUAAAAUAGCUGAGACACGAUAGAAAAGUCAUGUCAACACUAUUUAGUAUUAAGCCCACAUGGAAAAGAAGCAAUUUUAGAG